CGGGCGCAUUCCAGCCGAGCCCAGGAGGAAUCUCGAACUCAGGCGCCUCCCAGUUGCUCGAAAAGCCUUCCUUGGUGGUGCUCCGAGGCAGGUUCGAACCCCCCAGCCUUGGAAAAUUCGUUCCGAGGCCUCCUCUGGAAUACAUUUUUUUUUCUCCAGGCCCGCGUGGCGUUGUUGUUGCUUUUUUUUUUCUUUUAACAUCACGCCCGCAGGAUGAGUGAGGUAGGGAGUGAUAUUGGCUACGAUGAGACGCCCCUGGGAGGCUAUCCCUUGGCCGGGAAUCCCAAUCCUAUGGGACUUCCCUUCUUCAGGGAUCUACAGGACUUCACUCUGCAUCAGGAGGACCGUGCUUCUCUCCUCGGCUCGACGGAACUCCUGGCCCGAGAUUCCUACUCGGAUGACAAUGGGUCCAGCGUGGAGCUCAUGAAGCACACCACGACCAGAUACGGGACCUGGAAACCUAUUGACGAGGGUAUCACCUUAACCUGGCGUGACCUGAGCGUGUACGUCCGGCAGAAGAAGGUUUGGUACAAGAAGCACAAAGAUAACCAGAAGCCCUUUAAGCGCGUGUUGAAUAAUGUAUCUGGAGCUGUCGGACCGGGAAGUCUCGUGGCGCUUAUGGGAGCUAGUGGCGCCGGGAAAUCCACGCUAAUGAACGCCCUCGCCCACCGCACACCAGGUGGCGUUGUGGUUGACGGCGAGAUCAUGGUGAACGGACAUCGAGCCAACCGUAGUAUGAAUUCACUGUCCGGUUACGUCCACCAAGAUGAUCUGUUUGUCGGGUCGCUUACCGUCAGGGAGCAUCUUCUCUUCAAUGCACGUCUCCGAAUGGACCGGCGCACGACCAAGGCAGAGCGAGAGGGCAGAGUCGCCGAGAUGAUAAAGGAACUCGGGCUGAAGAGAGUCCAGAACAGCCGCAUUGGCGUCCCGGGCACAGAUAAGUCCUUAUCGGGAGGAGAGAGGAAGAGGCUCGCUUUUGCUACGGAGAUCCUCACCGAUCCUCCCAUGCUCUUCUGCGACGAGCCCACCACAGGCUUAGACUCCUACAACGCCAAGAAACUGGUCAGGAUGAUGAAAGAAAUGGCAGCUCGAGGGAAGACCAUCCUGUGCACCAUCCACCAGCCUUCCACCGAGGUCUUCAUGAUGUUUGAUAAGCUGCUCCUGCUUUCCGAGGGACGUCUGGCUUACAUGGGGUCUUCGUCUGGUGCUCUGGAGUUCCUCGAUGGCCUAGGUCACAAGUGUCCCGCGACUUUCAACCCAGCUGAUUUCUACAUCCACACACUCGCUGUCCAGCCGGGUCACGAACUCAGGUCUCGAGAACGGAUCAAGCGCAUCUGUGACAACUUCGCCGUCUCAGCCUACGCGAAGGAUAUUGACAUCAGCAUCCAGUACCAGGAUAACAUGAGUCUGCAGUACACGGAUAGGGGGAAAACGACUUCAUACAGCGGGAAUGGAUCAUCUGGCCAGUCAAGCACGGAAUCUGUAAUCAACAUCGUCAGAAAUAUACCCCAAGUUCCGAACUGGUGGGUGCAGCUGUACUGGCUCACGUGGCGGGCCCUCCUCGACUCCUACAGGAACCCGAGUAUUCAUGGCAUAAGGAUACUGCAGAAGAUUCUGAUGGCCCUCCUCAUUGGCGUCUGCUACACGAACACGUACCUCAACCAGCAAGGUAUUCAGGAUAUCGAAGGCGUUCUGUUCAUCUUCAUCACCGAGAACACUUUCCCCUCCAUCUACGCCGUGCUCAACAUCUUCCCCUUGGAGCUUCCCCUCUUCCUUAGGGAGUAUCGGAACGGGAUAUACAGGUCGGAUACGUAUUAUAUGGCCAAGAUGUUCUCCAUGCUUCCCGGCUUUAUCCUGGAUCCGAUUAUCUUCACCACUAUUUGCUACUGGAUGGUGGGUCUUCAACACCACAGUUACCAGUUCUUCAUGACGGUUCUGAUUGUUAUCUUCACCACCAGCGUCGCCUCUGCCUGCGGUGCCAUGUUCUCAGCCAUGUUUGAAAACAUCGAAUACAGUCAGGUCAUUCUGGUGCCGUUUGACAUCCUCAUGCUCAUCACUGGAGGUCUUUUCGUCAACCUAACCGAUAUAUGCGACGCCGAGCCUGGAGUUCCUUGCAUCACCUCAGGCGAGGGAGUCAUCAACAAAUACGCCUUCAAAAGAUCGCAUCUUCCCUGGGACUUCAUCUCGAUGGGGGUGCUCUAUCUCAGCUUCCAUUUCCUUGGCUUCCUUUCGCUCUACUGGAGAGCUAAGAAGAAGUAG